UUUCAAAACAAAUAUGGCGGACGAGAAGUUGUUUUCUGUAGAAGUUUUGGCUGAGUUUUUGGAGACUUUUGAACAAGCUGAGCUAGAUGGUCUGGCAACAGCUGAGACUUAUUCCCAACAAUUAACUAUAUAUCUUGUGCAAAGUGAUUUGGCAAGUGCAAAGUUUCUAUGGAAGAGAAUACCAGAAGACAUUAAGGCAGCUACAGAUGAGAUACACAAGGUGUGGAACAUCGGCAGUAAAAUGUGGACCAAAGAUUAUCCCGGCUUUUAUGCUGCCUUGAAACAGGAAUGGUCAGAAAAAAUAAAACCUCUCAUGUUGAUUUUGGAAGGAAAAAUCCGGGAUCACUUAUUUGAAUUGGUGCAAAAGGCAUAUACUACAAUUCAUGUUAACAAAUUUUCUUUAUUUUUGGGUAUGACAGUCAAUAAUGCCCUUGAAGUGGCAAGAAAUCAUGAUUGGGUAUAUGAUGAUGAAACAAAAAUGUUAACCCCUAGCAAAAGGGACGCAGGUGAAGGAAAAAAUUUAGAUGUUUCAAUUAAUAGUGAUAAACAGUUAGGUAUCCUUACAGACUACGUCUCAUUCUUAGAGCACUCAUAGUUGAAAAAUAUUGUACAUAGCUAUUUAAAGAUACAGUGAAAUUUAUCAUAGUUUGCAGUUUUAGUGUGGUAAAGGGCCAUCUUGGCUGUGACCAUAUUCUCUUGGUUUUCUUGCAUUGUUAAUGCUUUUCCAGUUCGCUUUGUUGACUCUGAGGUGUUUGCCCAGAAAUAUCCCCAUAAUGAACCUGAAAUUUUGUGAUAUUUGAGGCUGAUUCAUCAUAUAUAUCCGUACAGAUUAUUCCAUAUUGAAGCAGUUAUCUGCAAUGUUUUGCUGUUGAUAUAAUCUGUUGUUCAGAUCAUUUCAAUUUGG